GAAAUAAUAAAUAUCCAGCGUUGGGUGCUUGACUUCUGCAUCUCGGAUCUCUUGUAUCUUCACAGCAUCAGAGCACCAUCCAUCCAUCCUCGAACAACUUUCAAGUACAGCUGGCAUAAAAGCAUCAUGGAUUCAACCGACGCACAGGCCGUCACGGAAAGUACGCCGUCUCGACAGGCGGGGACGACGAUUGGCAUGGAUCCAGAGUAUUGGGCAGCCAUCAAGGACAGCGAGUUUAAAAAUCUGGAGGUCCCCGAGAUGAAGACGGCGCACGACAUCCGGGCCUUCAGCAACUCUCUGAUGCAAAGCUCAAUCGAGAUGGGGGCUGCCCGGCAUGUCGUCUUGACGGAACCAGUCACGGAGACCACAACUGAAAUCAAGACGUUUGACGGCGCCACGAUUAUUGUGCACCGCUUCGCACAGGAGAAACACCGCGCAGCACUCCAGGAUGGAGAGAAGCCUCGUCCUGCGGUCUAUCAUGUCCAUGGCGGCGGGAUGCUCGCCGGCAGCGUCGACAUCUUUGGGCCGCUCAUCAGGCACAACGUGGACCUUUGGGGUGUGCAGGUGUUCGCGGUCGCGUAUCGGGUGGCGCCAGAGAAUCCCGCCCCAGGCCCCGUGGAGGAUGCAUUCGCCGGGCUGAAAUGGUUGUCCGAAAACGCAGAGUCCAUGGGCAUCGACCCGGCACGGCUUAUAAUCUAUGGCGAGAGCGCGGGCGGUGGUAUUGCCGCGGGCACGACGAUCGUGGCCCGCGACAGGGGCCUGAGCCCGCCACUCGCCAAACAGGUCCUGGUCUAUCCCAUGCUCGACGACCGCACCAAGUACGGACCCGACUGGCCUGUCAGGCCGUACCUGGGCUGGACGGACAACGACAACGCCAUCGGGUGGGCGGCGUACCUCGGGGCGGACAAGGCUGGCAAGGAAGACGCAGAUGUCAGCAUCUAUGAUGCGCCCGGCCGGGCAAAGGUGGAGGACCUUUUCGGGCUCCCUAAGACGUAUAUCGACACUGCUGGGCUGGACCUGUUCCGGGAUGAAGACUUGCAGUACGCGGCCAGGCUGUUGCAGGCCAACGUGGAGGUUGAGUUCCAUCUAUACCCUGGGGUGCCUCAUGGAUUUGAGAGCUCAGGGACCCCGAGUGUGGUUCGGACUGCGUACGAGAACCGGAAGAAGGCUGUUGGGACUGUAUGAUGAAGGUGUGGUGGUCAUUUGUUUCCUUGGGGUGGUAUGGAAGCGCGGACUCUCCUCUCUGACGGAGCUUUCACCAAGCCAGCAUAAAUGGAAUAUCAGUAUAUAUUUAUACUUAGACCAUGGCCAACUACAUCUUUGCAUGCCACUG